AUGGGUCUGACAGAAGGCAUGCAAUUGGUUUCGUCAAGAACUGAGGGGCACAUUUCAUCACAAGUUGUGGAAAGUAGGGGUCCUGAAAAGAAGGCUAUGCUAGAGCAAGAACUAUCUGUUACUCCAUCAGAUAAAGGGAGGUGUUUUGCUUGUCAUGAUACAUCGCACAAUUUGGAGCAGUGUGGAAUAAAAUACAAUCAUACCACUGUGCCACAUCAGUUUGGCUAUGCUACAAAAUAUCCGUUUACCAUGAUUCAGCCUUCAGAGGAGACGGUUGAGAAAGAGAAAUUCAACCAUCACUGUGUUUUGAUCACAUCGGAUCUCAGUAACUUGGACCAGGGGAUAUUGAAAUCUGAACUGCAGAAGUUUUGGAAGCUGUCCGGUGACUGGGAGCUACGGAGGGAAUGCAGCAAGAGUUUCCUGGCCUCUUUCAGCUCUGAGGAUGACGUCAUAAGUUGUUUAAAUUUUCCUGAGAUGGAAGCACUACUGGAUCAUAAGGAGGUAAACUUAACUGUAACAAGGUGGCAGGAAGGCGAUGAGGAAAGUCUUGACUUGAUUGAAGAGUGGGUUUUAGUGCGCGGGGUUCGAAGAAUAUAUAGAAACUGGAAGGAUUUAUAUCAAGUUGCUUCCGCGUUUGGAGUGCUGAUUGAUGUGGAUGAGAAAAGUUUGGAAGCUGGGGAUAAGGAGCCUAUUAGGCUGAAGAUUGCACUAAGAAGCCUUGAUGGUGCUCCCUUCUCAUACUACUUUGCGCUCGGAAGGUCUUCCAGACUGGUCAUGGUCACAGUCGUACAAGACAAAGCAGAAGGUAUGCAACAGCAAAAUAAGGAAUCAGACAAGGAGCAUAAUAAGGAACUGAAUGACGCACAAAGUAUAUUUCUGGAAGAGACGGAGUGCAUUGAAGAGUCAAGGUUGGCAGGAGAGAUCAAAGGAAACAAAAUAAGUGCUCCAGCAGCCACUACAGCUAACACCAAGAAAACAACAAUGGACAGUUCAAAACCUGAAGAGGUGCAACCUGUAGGUCGAAGUUCAACAAGCAUGAUUGGAGAAGAGCACUUCGAAGGUAAACGAAAGCCUCCUAUCAAACAUGUGUUCAAAAGAAGAGGUAAGGAGCAGCAAGUUACAGAAACUGAGGACAUCCAUAUAUAUGGCAGUUUCAGUGGUAUGGGUCUUCAUGAAAAUCUACUGAAGGGAAUAUAUCAAUAUGGUUUGGAGAAGCCUUCCGUGGUUCAUCAAAGAGGAAUUGUCCCAUUUUGCAAUGGCCAGAGUGUUAUCCAUGAGUCUUUGUCUGGAACAACUGUAACUCUUUGCACUGGAGUUCUUCAGCGACUUGAUUAUCGAUCCGCAGAAUGCCAAGCUUUAAUCAUUGUACCAACACGCGACUUAAUGUACGAGACCGAGAAAGUUAUUGAUGCACUUGGUCAGUUUCUUGGUGUUAAACCUUACACUUGUACUGGAGGAACGAGUUUCCGCGUGGACCAGCAAACUCUGUCAAGUAGAGUUCAGGUUGUCAUUGGAACUCCUGGGCGCAUUCUUGACUUGCUGUCAAGGGAUGCAUUGUGUAAAGACCACAUCAGAAUGCUUGUUCUGGAUGAAGCAGAUGAACUACUCACAGGAGGUUUCAAAGACCAGACAUGUAACAUUAUCCAGUAUCUCCCAGCCAAAAUCCAGAUUGGGCUUUUCUCUGCUGCCUUCUCCAGUGAAGCUCUAGAAACUAGCCACUGGUUCAUGGAUAAGCAUGUGACAGUUAAAGUGCCGAGAGAUGAAGAGCUAAAGGAUAUCGGAAUCAAGCAGUUCUAUCACAAAGUUGAGAAGGAAGAGAAGCUAGGAAAGCUGUAUGUGCUUUUCGACACUCUAACUCUAGAGUCCACACAAAUUGUCAUCUUUGCGAACACAAAGCAGGUUGUCAAAACGCUCAUACAAGAUAUCAGAGGCAAGGGCUACACUAUCUCAGCAAGCCAUGGCGGUAUGAGCCAGCUUGGCAGGGACACUGCCAUCCAGGAGUUCAGGGCUGGAUCAUCGCGUAUUCUCAUCGCCACUGACCUACGAGGCACCAAUCUAGGGCAGGUUCCCAUUGUCAUCAAUUAUGAUCUCCCAACACAACUGAUGCAGUAUAUCAGUCGUGUUCAGCAGCAAAGAAGAUAUUCUGAAACUGAAAGUGUGGCCAUUAAUUUUGUGACUCCUGCCGAUGAACGCAUCGUCUCUGAUAUCCAGAAGUUCUGCAACGGCCAGAUGAGCAAACUACCCUCCAAUCCAACAUUUGAACUCUUGGUGGGUUAUGAUGUUCAGAAAUGUUCCUAAAAGUCUCUACACAGGUUACAAGGAAGCUUGAUGUUUGCCCCAAGACUCAAUAUUGUAACGGUUUCAUAGGGAGUUAAACUCAAGACCUAGGUUGCUACUUAGCCCUGAGACAGGCCAUUCAUUUUUUUAUUACCCAAAGAAGAAAUAGCGAUAUACUAUAAUCAUGACUCGAUGCUAGGUCUCUUUUAUAUGGGCAGCAAGGUAAUUUAUUUUACAGCUGCACAAAGUUGCUCCCUGUAGUGCUUAACGUGUAGUUAAACUGGGACGGAGGGAGUACAACUUAAUGAAUCAAUAUGCG